AUGAUAUUAGAGGAGCAGAGGUUCCUCCAUGAGGACCUCGAGAGGCUGGAGCAGGGCAUCGCAGAUAGAGUGGCAGAUGAACCACGACAUGUCCGUGAGCGUUUAAACCGAGACCACCAAGUAGCAGGCUUCCUAGACCGCAUACAAGACCAGUCGAAACGGUUAAUAGACAUCUAUAAAGAUGCCGACGGCGCAAGGAGUAAAGAGAUCCAGAACAUCUCUACCGGCGACCCACUGGCCGAAUUCUACAAGCAAAUCUCAGAAAUCAAAACCUUCCACCAGCGCUACCCCAAUGAGCCCGUGGAGAACCUAGAGCGCGCAUACAAGAAGAAGACGCCGCAAGAAGGCGAGCAGGUCGUCUCGGAGAUCGACAACAUGUUCACCGGCGAAGAAGCCUACGGCCGCUUCCUCGAUCUCACCGCCCUCCACGAGCUCUACGUCAACCUCCCCGGCAUCAAGCGCCCCUCCUACCUCCAAUACCUCGACAUCUUUGACAUCUUCGCCCCGCCCGUCUGUGCUAUCAAGCGCCCCGACAAAAUGACAGACCAGUACUUCACCUACGUCGGCCAGCUCGCCACCUACCUCGAAUCCUUCAUGCGCCGCACUCGCCCUCUCGAAAACAUCGACGCCCUCUUUGCAACCUGGGACGCAGACUUCGACAAGUCCUGGUCUGAAAACACAAUCCCGGGCUGGACACUCGACACCGCACCCUCAGACCCCACAUCCACAACCGGCGUCUUCUGCCAGGACUGCGAGAAGGAAUUCUCGAAUCCAAAUGUCUAUAAGGCGCAUCUAACAGGGAAGAAGCAUCUCCGCGCCGCCGACCAACGCGCCGCCCGCCUCGCAGACUCCUCCGCGCCAGCUGAAAGCACCAACGGCGGCGCACGCCCCGCAUCCACCCUCCGCCUAAAGGAACGCGCCAUCGCCGAGCGCGAGAACCGCGUACGCCGCCUCGCCGGCGCCAUGACGCAAGAGCGCGGCGACACCCGCGUCAACGUCGAGCGCAGACAGGGCAUGACCGAGCGUGAACGCCAACUCGAGCUCGAGGCUCUCUUCGCCGACACGGAAGUCGGCCCCACUAUAGACGAUGCAUCGGACUCGGACUCGGACGGCGAGGAGAAGGUGUAUAACCCCCUCAAGCUGCCGCUGGCCUGGGAUGGCAAGCCGAUUCCCUUCUGGCUGUACAAGCUGCACGGUCUGGGUGUGGAGUUCCCGUGCGAGAUCUGUGGGAACUUUGUGUAUAUGGGACGCAGGGCGUUUGAUAAGCACUUUAACGAGGCGCGUCAUAUUCAUGGUCUGAAGUGUUUGGGGAUCUCGAAUACGAGUUUGUUUCGCGAGAUUACGGGGAUUGAGGAUGCCUUGAAGUUGUGGGAUAAGAUUCAGAGGGAGAAGAAGAAGGAGGAGAGUGGGAGGGAUGUGGUGCAGAUGGAGGAUGCGGAGGGGAAUGUUAUGCCGGAGAAGGUGUAUUAUGAUUUGCAGAAGCAGGGGCUGUUGUAGAGGGGGGAGUGGUGGAGGGGGUGGUUGUUCUGCAUGAUAUGGGCGUUUGGGGGUGAGGGACCGGCUUUGGAAGCUGCGUUGUGUUACGUAUUAGGGGGACUAUGUAUCCAAUAUCGCAGAUUUAUUCUACGAGAAAUCAAAGAAUUACUCAAGGAUACUGUCAAAUAUUCUGUGAUUGAACAACGUGUUCUUUGGCGAAGAUUUAUCUGGGCCCCAAGACAUAACAGUACACGCCAAAGCGAACAGAGUACGUAGCCAUAGUUAUAAAAGCAGUACUGAGCAACAAACAGUAAGCAAGACGGGAAUCAACCAAAGGCCUUCAAGCAAACCGUAACCAUAACCCUACUCAAAGCGUGAGAUAAUCCGUUCAAGAGAUGCUCGAAGGGAAGAAGGUUCCCUGCAGAGUGUCCAACUCGUAUGGUAAGAGGUAUAAUCGGUGACAAGAAUGGUAGUCGACAGCAAGAGAAGCAGUGGACAGCAAGAAAAGGAAUCGACUUCAAGAAUACUAUUGGCGAAGAUCUGGGGGAAACAUUGCGGCGUUCCUAACAGUCGACUCCAUUGCGGCG